UGAAAGUGCUAGAUACUGUCAUUGAUAUGAAAAAAGUGCUUAUCAUUCAACUUCUGAUUUGAUCUCCUAUCUAUCUUGGGACUACUUUUCUAGUUUCCAAGUCUAGAGUAAUCUAUUCUUCUUGACCUUGAGAAGCAAUGUUGGUACAGGGGGAAUAAGGGGUUGGAAGUGGAGAAUAAGAGCUUUCCCCCCUGGUAGGAAGGUGCUAUUAUUAUGCUCAUUUUACAAUUGAGAAAAUGGAGGCAGAGGUGAAGUGCCUUGCCCCAGGGUCAAACAGCUAGUAAUUGUUUGAGAUAUAGGAGAGACUCAGAGUCAGAUCAGCAUUAGAUAACCAAUGUUCCUUUGUUAGUUCUGAUAUUUCCUUCCUGUGUGGCCUAGAUCAUAGGUGUCACACAAACACCCAGAGCCUCAGUUUGCCCCUACUUCCACAGAUCAUUUCCAGGAAAGUAUUUCCCAAACCUCUGAAGUUCUUUGUAUGCAUUAAAUCAAUCAGCCAGAAUCUGUCUCCAGGUUUGUGCCAGGAGCUGUCCACGGUGCUGGAACUCUAGAGGCAAAAAUCACCUAGAUUCUGCCCUUGAAUUUUUCUAUUCUCUUGAGGGAAAGGAACAAAGUAUCCAUUUGCUAAUAUAUAGAAAAUAUGUACAAAGCAAUUGGGUAAGGACACUAAAAAGUAAGGGAAGUGGCCUGUCAUUUGAAAUGAAGGAAGCCAAAAGUUCUAGGAAGCAGAAAUGAGGAAGGCAUACAUUCUAUCUAGCCUCUGUUGAACUAUGGAUACAUGACCCAGGCUUUUGAGUUUUUGUGCUUUGUGUUCCACCCCCACUCUCAACCCUCCUGCCUCCCUCCAGCCUGGAGACCCAGUCUAGAGGCUUUCACCCUGAACUUCACCAUCACCAACCUGUUGUACACAGAAGACAUGGGGCAGAAGGAUUCCAUCAAAUUCAAGUCCACUGAAAAGAUUCUUCAGAAUAUGCUUGGCCCUUUGUUUGAGAACAGCAGCCUUGGUUCCAGUUAUUCCAGGUGCAAACUGACUUUCCUAAGACCUCUGAAGAAUCUGACAGUGACUGAAGUAGGUGUCACCUGCCUCUAUCAGAGUGAUUCCACUGGUCCCUUCCUGGAUAGAGAGAGGGUUUACUGGGAAUUCAGCAAUCAGACUGGGGGCAUCACUAGACUGGGGCCCUAUACCCUCGACAGGGACAGUCUCUUCCUCAAUGCUCCUAUCCAGACCACAAUCCCUUCAAGAAUUUCCUCAGCUCCUUCACUACUGACCAAUUCCUCAGCAUCUGGCAGUUUUAGCCUGAAGUCUUUCACCCUGAACUUCACAAUCAACAACUUGCUCUGCACAGCAGACAUGGGACGGCCAGGCUCCCAAAAGUUCAAAGCCACUGAAAGAGUCCUACAGCGCCUGCUCAGCCCCUUGCUUGAAAACAGUAGCCUUGGCUCUGACUAUUCUGGAUGCAGGCUGACCAUGCUGAGGCCCGUACAGAAUGGGACAGCAACCAAAUUCCUGUGUGGCCACUGGAAAACUCCCACCACCCCUAGCCUGGACAGGAAGAAGAUUUACUGGGAGCUGAGCAAUCAGACCCAAGGUAUCACCAGGCUGGGUGCCUAUACCCUGGACAAUAAGAGCCUCUAUCUCGAUGGAUACAGCUAUCAGAUGAAUCUUUCCUCCUCCACAAGUGGUGAGUAUUUUCAUUCUGGGAACAAACAAAGAACACCACUUGUCUGUCCUGACCCUGUUCUGAUAGCAUUCUAGGAAGAAGAGGAUGAACCAGCAGUGUAAAAGAGAGAGGAAGACAUCAUGUCUUCUGACUCCUAUACUUCAGUCUUUCCCAGUUGACUCAGUGGCCAAGCCCCAAUGGGGUGUCAGUUUUACCUGUGUCUUAUACACUCAAACCUUCCAUGUCACAUGGGUAUUUGGUCCACAAUUGUUAAAUAUCCGAUUUCUCUUGAGCUGUGGCACUAACAACUCUGACUCCAACUCCACUGUCAAUUUCUUUUUACUUUUUUUUUUAACUUUUAGCUUCUGUCUUAGAACCAAUACUGUGUAUUACCACUAAGUAGUAAAGGCUAGGCAAUGGAGGUUAAGUGAUUAGCCCAAGGUCACAAUGCUAGGAAGUGUCCAAGACCAGAUUUGAACCUAGGACCUCUUGUCUUUAGACGGGGCUCUCAAUUUACUGAGCCACCCAGCUGCCCCCCUCCACUGCCAAUUUCCACAGGUAUGGUCUGCCUCUGUUUUCAUUCAUUCUUUGGAAACUCUUGCUGCCCUUAACUGUGAGACAGAGAUAAGAGAUGUUCAGAUCACAGAUUUAGAGCUGGUAGGAGACUUUCAGAUCAUCUAGUCCAAUUCCUGGUCUCAUUUGACAGUUGAGGACACUAAUGUCCAGAAAGGAACAGAGGCUCAAGGUCAUAUAGGUAGGAAGCAGGACGGCUGGGUUUGGAACCCAGAUCUCCUUUCUCCAAAUCCAAUAUUCUUUCUUCUGCAUUGCAUUGCAAGAGAUAUUCCUCUGAUUUAUGGCUAGAGAUUUCAUGAAGGAUUCAUUAGUGAACAGAUUCUGCUCAGUUUUCCUUUGAAGAAGAAAUUGGAGUUUCAGCUAGGUGUCCUUAAUGAUGGUGAUGAUGAUGAUCAUCAUCAUUGUCUAUCUUUUAUCUAGGAUUUUAAGGUUCUCAAAGUACUUUACAGAUAUUAUCCUUUGGAUGUUGGACUUGAUAGACUGAGAGCCCAUCUUGCUCCAGAAUGUCUUCUAUUUGAUUCUAGAGGUGAUAGAGAACCACUGGAGCUAACUGAAUAAGUACAUGACAUGGCUAGAUCUUUACUUAAGGGGGCAUGAUAGAGAGCAAGGAUACUGGCAAGUCACAAGCUCACCUCAGCGCUAUGGAACAGAGGAGGAGGAGGAGGAUAAGGAGGAGGAUUCAGAGGUUGGAAGUAUUUCUGUCAGUCAUAGACCAGGCACCUCAGCUCCUUUUCUUAUGCCAACCUUCCUCACAGGAGCUUGGGCAUCCAGCAAAGGCACUGGAUCCCAUGGAUUAAAUCAUUUGGUGAACUAGUGCAUAUUGAAUUCCUCUCCUAUAGGGCCCUGAGGUUGUACAGAGCAUCCACAGCUGCUCUGAGUUCUCUGCUUUUAAGUACAAGAAAUUUCUGCCCAUCUUGAAACAUUUUCCUUUUUUUCCGGUUUUAGCACCAGACCCAGCAGUAGCACCUGGUUGUCCCCUGUGGGCCACAGAGCCUGGAGGCUCCCAAGCUGCUAGUUUAAGCUUCCAGUCUUUCACCACCAUUCCCGAGGUGCUGUACACAGAAGAUAUGCAUCUUUCUGGAUCUGACAAGUUCAACUUCACCAAAAGAACCCUGCAGCAACCUUUGAAGAAUGGCUCAGCAAGUGGAGUGAGUUGCCUGUGCACACACAAAAGAAACCACAGAAGCUCAUUCAGAGACCAAGAGAAGGGUUACUGGGAUGCAAAAAGAGCAUUUCACUAAGCUGGGCUUUUCCUCCUCCCUUGAAAGAGCCAGUCUACUCAAUGAUGAGGAGCACAACAGAAUCCCCAGCCUUUUCCUCUAUCCUCAUGCUACUUUCCCCUCCUCCUGCUAAAUUUCCAUUCUGAUUCUGACCUUAAUGUUCUCUCAAAGAAUCAUUAUUUCUCAAUACCCUUUUAUUACACCAAACACAGAAAAUAAACCCGGCCCCUAUCUACUUUCCUGUAUUUUCUUUCAUUUGGGAUUUUCUGGGUUAUUGUAUUUUAGGUGAAAAAACAGAGACAUCUCAGUUUCC